UAAUGCAUGAGGAAGUCAUGAGUUUACUGGUCCUGUGGUCCAUACAUAUUAUUUUUCUAAUCAAACAUCAAAAAGUUAAAUAUAUACAACAACUAUUAUAGUGUUUCAAAAAAAAAAAAAAUACAACAACUAUUAUAUGUUUAGAAUGGAUGAAUCUAUCAGCUUAGGUGAACCAAUUUGCACCAUACAAAUUAACAAACUAACUCUUCAUAUACUGGAUUGAUGAUAGACAAUUAAGCCUACGUAACGAGCUAACACCUAAUACACUUACAUCACAAUAUGCAAUUCAAUCUACAACUUUGAUAUAUUCCAAACUUAUACAUACGAUUUCUAAGACUUCCAAAUCUAUACCAAUAAUACAUAUAGUCUAAAAUUGAAUAAUAGACCUAAAGUAUAUAAAAUUUUCUUGGUUCUUGAAUAGCCACAUAUUGAACAAUCCAUGUUAAGUCAACAAUUGUGAAUUUUCUAACCCCCCUUAUAAGUAUAGCUAUCUCCUUACAUAUUUUUCUUCACCCACCAACUAAAGUUAUCAAACCUUUGAAAAAAAUAUCAAAACAAAACCUUUUAAAAAUCCCUUUAUUACUUUAUAUAACACGUAAGAAGUUAGUAACCAUUUCUGUUCACGUUCUUUCCCCAUUCACAAUGAGCUCCGACAAUAGAGAUCAUUACUGGUUCAACGGUCAUGGACACCACUCCUUCUGGCCUAACCCUUCUACUUAUGACCGCAACAGCAAGAUCAUGCUCGCAGCAGUCGUCUCUUUAUCAGCAGUGAUCCUCUUCGUCUUCAUUCUCCAUCUCUACGCAAGAUUCGUUCUCCGCCGCCGCAGAGAGACUUUCCGCGGCCUCCCCGUCGUCGUCCGCCACCCUUUCCAGACGCCCAAACGUGGUCUCGACCCAACGCUCAUCGCUUCUCUCCCUAGUUUCACCGUCCGUGACGUGGCGUCAGCUACUGAAUGCGCCGUGUGUCUGAGCCUGUUGGAGGAGCAAGACACGGCUAGAGAGCUGCCGAGCUGCAAACACGUCUUCCAUGUUGAUUGUGUUGACAAGUGGCUCACCGCUUGCUCCACAUGUCCUGUUUGUCGGACUGAAGUUCAGCCAAGGCCGAGACUUGAGCCUGAGCCGAGAGAAGGACCGGUCGGUGGUGACGGUGUCUCCUCACCACCGACUGCACCGCUGUUUUUGGACGACGUCUUGUCGGUGGAAGCUGCGGCAUCUUCUUCUUCGGGUGACAAAACAGCUGUGCCGCCAGUUUCACGAUUAGAUUCGUUUAGAAAAAUCUUGACAAGGGAGAGAUCAUCGAACAGGAUCAACCAUUCUUGUGUUGACCAAGAACGUGUACCGGAUCAUGUAUAAUGCAUAUAACUCAUACGUACGUCGAUAAAUUUUAAUUUUAUACACUA